AUGGAAUCGAUUCCGAUAGCAAUCAUUGGCAUGAGCUGCAGAUUCGCAGGUGACGCAACAGACCCAGAGAAGCUUUGGAAGCUGUCAGCUGAGGGCGGUACGGCGUGGAGUGAAGUGCCUGCUUCCAAAUUCAAUCUCAAGGGUGUAUACCAUCCCAACGGAGAGAGAGCCGAAACCGUAAGUCUUGUCAAUACGCCGGGUCGACGCGAAGGCGUGCCUUACUCUGCCAACGACGACAGCUUGCUAAACUCAGUCAGNACUAAUGUCAUUGGCGGUCACUUCCUCAAAGAUGAUGUCGCCGAAUUCGACGCUGCUUUCUUCGGAUUCCCGGCCGACCUUGCUUCUGUAUGCUAA